AGGCGCGGGGUGGGGGGGGAAGCAGCCGCUUCCCAGACCCCAGUUUGCGGAGCCGAGGAGCAUCGCUGGUUCUGCCUUGCGUCCUGGGCGGCGGGGACGUCGCCUGCAGCUCCGCGGGGAAGUUUCGAUCUUGCGACAGAAUCGGCAUUUUGGGGAGCUUUUGGGGUUUUUUUUUUUUUUUUUUUUUUUUUUUUUUUUUUUUUUUUUUUUUUUCCCCGUCUUCGUUUUCCUUCUCCCUCUAUUAUUUAAACGAAAGAGCAACAGCCGGCAAAGAACCCAACUCCAAGCCCGUUUUGCUCCCCCAGCCUGUUUUUAUGGCCGCCCUCCCUUUCCUGCCAGAGACACUUACGUUUCCUCCUUGGGUUAUAAACUUUUGAUGCCAGAUCUCCGCAGCGUGUGCCCAACUGAAUCUUAAAGAGUGCCCGUGCGCAGCGGAGAUGCCACCUUCCCCAAAGCUAUGGACAACGUGACUGUGCGGCAAGGGGAGAGUGCCACGCUCAGGUGUACCGUGGACGACCGGGUCACGCGGGUAGCCUGGUUGAACCGCAGCACCAUCCUGUAUGCCGGUAAUGACAAGUGGUCUAUAGACAACCGCGUGGUCAUCCUCUCCAACACCAAGACCCAGUACAGCAUCAAGAUACACAACGUGGACGUCUACGACGAGGGCCCCUACACCUGCUCCGUGCAGACAGACAAUCACCCCAAGACUUCGCGUGUCCAUCUCAUUGUGCAAGUCCCCCCCCAGAUCGUCAACAUCUCGUCGGACAUCACCGUGAAUGAGGGCAGCAGCGUGACCCUUAUGUGCCUGGCCUUUGGGAGACCGGAGCCCACCGUCACGUGGCGGCACCUCUCCGGGAAAGGGCAGGGCUUUGUGAGCGAGGAUGAGUACCUGGAGAUCACGGGCAUCACGCGGGAGCAGUCCGGGGAGUACGAGUGCAGCGCCGUCAACGACGUGGCCGUCCCGGACGUGCGGAAAGUCAAAGUCACCGUCAACUACCCGCCGUACAUUUCCAACGCCAAGAACACGGGCGCCUCAGUGGGCCAGAAGGGCAUCCUGCAGUGCGAGGCCUCGGCCGUCCCCGUGGCAGAGUUUCAGUGGUUCAAGGAGGACACCAGGUUAGCGAACGGGUUGGAGGGCGUGCGGAUCGAGAGCAAGGGUCGCCUGUCGACGCUGACCUUCUUCAACGUCUCAGAGAAGGACUACGGCAACUACACGUGCGUGGCCACGAACAAGCUGGGCAACACCAACGCCAGCAUCAUCCUGUACGGGCCCGGAGCAGUGCACGAUGGCGGCAACGCGGCAUCCCGGGCAGCCGCCGGCCUCUGCCUCUGGGCCACCCUCCUCGCUCGCCUCCUCCUCGACUUUUGAUAAGAGAGCGGAGGGUCCCGGGAGGCCCCGCCGCGCCUCUCCCCCGCCGCGGGCUCGCCCCGCCGCGCCGCCCGGGGACUCCUCUCCGUCAGACGGGCGAUGCGCCGGAGGACGGGCGGCGGCGCCGAGUGUCCGAGGAUGGCCCCGUCUCCCGCGUGCCGGGAUCGUUCUCGCCGCCGGUUACGCUGUACAGACCCCACCACGUGCCACCAGACCGUCACCCGCCACCGUCGCCCCGGGGAUGUGGUCCGGCGCGGACGGGUCUCCCCGCGGCUCCCUCAUCGCCGAGGCGGGCGCCACCCGGAACCGUCGCCAGGGAUGUCCGUCUCGUCGUCUCCCUAAGCCGCCUAUGCCCAAGAAGACCCCGACGUCGAAGGCCCCUGGCUCUGCCGUCGUCAGCCCUCUUGGUCCUGAACGUCCAUUCACGCCACCAAAGCUCCUCCCUAAGCGCCCCCAACAUCGCUGCCCUCCCGGCGCCUGGCCUCGCCUCCGCUCCCGGGCUCUUUCCACUCCGCGAGGCUCGCCGUCCCUUUCCAAGGAGGGUCAUCCAACACAACCGCUUAUCCUUCGAGGGUCGUGCACCUGCCGCUACUCUUUCUCCCAGCUAACGUCGUACCCCGCCUCGCCAAAAACCCCACACCUUCCUGACGACGUGAGGCCGCUCUCCCAGGAACGUGAACUCGGCAGCUCUUGCGGGGAUGAGAGCCCCCUCCUCCCCACGGAUCCCUGCCCGCUCCGCUGCCGCCCCCGCUAAUGGCACGGCCCACCCUGGGGCUCUCGCCUUGAUGUGCCACCCACUCUGGACGGGGAGGUUCGUCCGGGCUCAUUUUCCAAGCACUUGCUGACUUGCGCAUCAAAAGCACAGAACCGCUGACGCGGGGCAGGGGUGCUGAAUGACGUGGUGAAACGCCAAAUCGCGAGGCCCUUGCGCCAUGGCUCUGACACUUGUGCCCGUUGGCACAUUCCUGGACGGGAUGGGACCGCGCCUCCCUGGUCUGCCUCCCGGCGUGGCCUCCCUGUAGCAUUUGGCCCAGCGUCUCCGCCUCCCCGAGGGAUGGAAGAAACACGGAAUGCGACCCCCCGAGCCGCGACAUCCGCGCUCUGCCUUUUCGCACGCCCGCCGCGUGCCCCCGGCUGCGGACGGCCCGACGUGUUCGGCCCUGCGGAGCAGGCUCGGGCUCCGUGGAUUUUGCUGCGCCGGCACGACGGGGCCAAGGACGGCUCCGAUGCCCCUGGCCCAUCCUCCCUGCUGCGACACGCCUUCGCCGCCAAAACGGGUGCACCCAGACUCUACCCUCUGCUUCCUCCAGUCACCCUGGGAACUUCCACCCCUGCCUCCCGUGGCGGCAUCCGUGUCGCCUCCCCACGUACGGAAUCGUGCUCCCGACAGCACCCCACGCUCCCCCUCGCCCGGUACGCGACGAUGCCCCGGAGCCUUCCCGAUGCUCCGUGGCCGCCCAGGAACUGCUUUGGGGGCUGCGGUCUGGCGACGGACCCUCCUGUGCCGCUCAGGAAAAAAGUCAUGUGCGGUGCCAGACCCUGCGCCUGCGACACGGAGACUCGACUCCGCGGUGAUGCACCGAGCGAGAGCACGAAGCGUCCCCCCACCCCGUCCCGACCUGAUGCCUCCCUGCGUCUCACCCCUUCCUUCUCCCUCUGUAAGUGAGACAGCUUAAGAAUGACGGCCCUGCACAUGCUGUCCUUCCCACACAAACUCUGCCGCCGCCGAAACCUCCUCGUCCCACCGUCCGGCUUUCUGUGGCUGCGACGAGGCUGGGGCUCAUGGUCCUCGGUGUGCAAGAUGAUAGGAAAAAAAAAAAAAAAAAAGACCCUGAGCCAGAGACUGCUAUGGGCCACCACCUCGUCCUCUACGCAGCCAUGCCCUGUCCUUGUCCCCGCUAUCGAUGGGCCACCUGGGACCUGCGCCGAUCAGCAUAUGGUGCGAUGAUGUCCCAAAAAAAAAAAAAAAAAAAAAGUGAUGGCUACAAAAAUCUCAAUGGACUCUCCUGCCCCGCACCCUUGAUGUUCAACAUGUACCACGGCCGAUAGGCAAAAAAAAAAUAUGUGGCCUGACGUGGGGGGGGGGUUGGGGGGCUCUGGCGCUGGCCCGAAGCGCUGGCUUACCCGACAGACGGGGAUCCGGCAUGGUGCCGUCCCGUGGUCCCUGCGGCGCUGCUCCGCUUCUCCGCCGGCCAUCCCGGAAAGGCGGCACCGGCAGUGAUCCCAGUCCUGCCCCGUGGCCCCAGGUGCCUUCGUGGAAUGGGGAUGCCUCCGUCUUGGCGCCGGGCACGCCCUUCCCCUCCGUGCCCGCUCCAAAAGUACCCUGGGGGGGGGCACGGGAGACGCCUCACCCUGACACCUUCCCCGGUCUGUGCCUCCCCACGACGGCCGCCCUGCCCCAGCCCCGAAGGUCUCUCUCUUCUCGCGGCACGAACGCUGAACUAGCCCCAGACACCUGGGGGGGGCUGGAGCCCGCGGCAUUUCAGAGAGCGGAGGCGACGUGCGCUAAGGCUGGCGGAGCUGGGGGCCGCUCUCCCCCCCCCAUCCCCGUGCUCCCCCCCCCCCCCCCGCCAUUCAUCUCUUCCCAGUGCCAUGUGGGCUCCCCCAUCCUCCGCUGCCGGGUCGGCGUGCGACUGUCUCGUACCGCGUAACGUGCCAAUGUGAGGAAUGUCUGUCGGCUAUCCGAGGCCGUCCCCGCCACAGCUCGGCUGGGCUUCGGACCCCCCCCCCCUUCACGACCGCCGCUCUCCGCAGCUGGAGGCUUGGGGCGGGGGGGGGGGCAGCUGGGCACCCCAAGGUCGGGGGAGCGUGGUUUGCGGGUCUCUCGCGCUGGCGGCCGGUCUUCGGUUUCCGUCCAUCAUUGUAUUCCAAGGGUGGCUAUACUACCUGAGAUUUGUGCAUGUUACAUUGUAGUUGUAACCUUUUCUAAUUCGGCAAGAAUAAGAGAUGGUUGUGAUUGUGCAGUGUAUCAAUAAAGUUUGACGAACUUUGUA